GUUGACGAGAGUGGGUCAAACAAACACCUUCCCCUCGUGAAAUCGUGAAGAAAGAAAUUUCUCUUUUGUUGUCCACGAAAACAUAACCCCACCCCGACAAAACAUCGAGGCCGCCCAAACAAUGCCUAGAGAUUCAUACACCGACGACGCACCGUCCCGGUCAGACCUGCGCUGGGACGCCGAGCGAGGAGACCGCGACCGCGACCGCGACCGCAGGCCCGGCCGUCCCUCCCGCCGGCGCGACCACUCCGCCUCCAGCGACGAUGAGUUCGUCUCGCGUCGCGGUCCUCCUUCACGGGCAGCUUACGAAGAUGACUACGUGCGUGUGCGCGAGGUUUAUCGCGAUGACCCCCCAAGAGACCUUCCCGUUAGGACCAGGACGACUGUCGAACGCCAGGUGGAGCGGGAGCGGGAGAGGGAGUACUACCGCGACCCGAGCCCGGAGCGGGAGCGUGCUCGACGACCGUUCAGGCCCGCGAGGCCGAGUAUGUUGAGACGGCAGAGUAGUCUUGAUACAUUCGACCGCCAGCCGACGAUGCCACGGUACAUGCAGAGGGAGGAGGCCGGGCCGUUGGCUGUGCGACGCGGUGAGAGGGAGGGUGAGGAGGAUAGGGCAUACCCCCCGGAGCGCGUCAGGGAGAGGGAGGUAGUCCGCGAGAGACGGCGGAGUAGGAGUCGUAGCUUGAACAGCACGUCGAGCUCGGAGUCCUCGCAGGCGAGCACGGUGAGGACGGGGAAGAGCCGGUUUCCGAAGAGGGGGAAGACGAGGAUGCCGGCGAGGAUGGUGAGUAAGAGGGCUAUUAUUGAGUUGGGGUAUCCGUUUGUGGAGGAGGACACGACGAUCAUUAUCCAGAAAGCUCUUGGGCGAGAACACAUUGAUGAGGUCCUCCAGCUCAGUGAGAAAUAUAGGAGGGAGAUAAAAACCGAACACGUCGACAAAAUCGUCGAAGAAACACACACGGAGACAAUCUACACCCCACCCCCCGCCCCCGCCCCCAUUCCUCCCCCCGUCCAGCGACCGCUUUAUUCUCCUCCCAUCUACGCACCUCCCGCAGUAGUAGAACAAAGAAUCUACUCCCCCCCGCCAGUCCGCCACCAAGUCAUCCACGUCCCUACCCCCCCGCCCCCCGCACCAAUCGAUUACUCCCAAACCCCCGAGAUAAUCCAAGUCGACCCCCCGCGCUCUCGCUUCCCCCCCACCCCCUCUACCGACCUCGUCACCACCACAUCCGCCACCAUCUACCAAGAGCGCUACGGCAGCCCCCGCCCCCACCCCCACCAUCACCAUCGGAGUCGCAGCAUGGGUCCCACGCCGCGGCACGUCGAAUCCAGCCUCGCCUUAGCGCCUAUCCCGGUGUUUGGGUCGGGGCAUCGACAUCGCCAUCCUAGGUAUGAGGGGGAGGGACGGAUUGUGAGGGUUGAGCACAUCCGGGACGCGGAUUAUAGGCGCGGAGAGGAGGGGGAGCUGGUGCUUUAUGAGAGGGGGGAGGAGGUGGUGGAUCCGGUGGCGGCGGUGAGGAGGGAUCGAAAAGGCCCGAAUCCGAGGGCUGUUAGGGCGAUGAUGAGGUUUGUUACCUGAUGUUGGGGU